GAGCGGAUGUGCAAGGACUAGUUAACGGUAAAAAUUUAUAUCACACAAAUUAAAAAUCCGAUGAGUAACUGCUGUUCACAGCAAAAAAACACUUUGCGGAUAUCCGACACUUUGUGGCGCGCGUGUUGACUUGGCGAUGUGAAAGUGAAAUAUUUUAGGAUCUGUAAAUGAAGUGGAAACAUUUUGAUUAAAUUGUGAGAAAUAAAGAAAGGUGAAUUAAAAAUAAAUUAAGUAAAUAAGUUAAAAAUACUAAAAAGAUAUGAAUUGUGAAAAAAUCAAAUCAACAAAAAUCUAAACGUGUCACCCAGUUAAACCAUUUUCAAAAACUUAAUAUUUGAGACCUGCUUUAAAUAUUUUUGCAGCUGUGAAGGCUUUACAAUUUUAGCCAAAUAAAAUUGGCUAAUAAAUACCAAAGGAAAAUCCUCAAUUCACACAUCCUCUCGCAAUUUGUCGCAAUUAUCAAUUCUGAUCACAGAGCAGACCCGACGGCAAACCCUCCUCCCGCUACGCACCCUUAGGAAUGCAAACAAAGCGCCGCCAAAUACGAAAGUAACCGAAAUAUGCUGCACAAUCAGAGCGUCGCGCCCGCACUGAGUCCGACGGCACCCGUUAUGGUCGCGCUAACGACAUCGUUCGUUGUGCGCCCAACAAUGGCGGUGCUGCCGGGACUUUGUCCGCCCAAUUGGACCAACAACAACACUAUCGACUGCAUUAAUGCGACUAUGGACAAUGCAGUGGGCAUGGGGGGCACAAGCUCUAGCUUCACCGGAUUCCCUGGACAAGACGGUGCAGUGAUGGGAUACGAUGGGAAUUACUCUUUGCCACGGGAUGGUUUAUUUGAAUUCGGAAUGGACCCAUUAGAACGCGUUGUAUCAACAAUUGCGCCCGUAUUUUUCGGCAUCAUCGGACUCGCGGGCCUGCUAGGAAAUGCUCUCGUCAUUUUGGAGGCUGUUCUCAUUAGCAUGCGACUUGAAGAUGACAGCAAAGAUGAACGAAGAAUUCGUGUUAACUCAGCCCACUUAGGAAAUUUUUCCAUUGUGAUUUAUAAUUUUGUAUACAUAUAUGAGAAUGAUUUAUUCGAGGCAGUAACACUCAUGUAAUAUCAAAAUUUUGAUAUUUUCU